UUUUUUUUUUUUUUUUCUUCUCUGGAGGAAGGGGGGGGGCUUGGCAACUGAGAGCAGAGGUUUGACACCCCCCCGCACACACCCCUCAACCCCUGCACAUAAAGGAGGCAUCUGUAUUUUUGGUAACCAGCACUGACUUUGUUGUUGCAACUUGAGACAUGGAUGUUCUCCCCAUGUGCAGCAUCUUCCAGGAACUCCAGAUUGUGCACGACACGGGUUACUUCUCAGCCUUGCCGUCCCUGGAGGAAUAUUGGCAACAGACGUGUUUGGAGCUGGAACGGUAUCUUCAAAGUGAACCCUGUUAUGUUUCUGCAUCUGAAAUCAAAUUUGAUAGCCAAGAGGAUCUCUGGACCAAAAUUAUUCUGGCACGAGAGAAAAAGGAGGAAUCUGAACUGAAGAGCACGUGUGUCCCAAAAGAGGACAGUCUUACUAGUCAGAACUUAGAGACCAACAGUUUGAAUUCUGACGUGAGCAGCGAAUCUUCAGACAGCUCUGAGGAGCUCUCACCCACGACAAAGUUUACCUCUGACCCUAUAAGCGAUGUUUUAGCCAGUUCAGGAAACUUGAGUUCGUCUGUCACUUCCACUCCCCCUUCGUCUCCUGAGCUGAGCAAGGAGCCUUCUUCCCAGCUAUGGAAUUGUACGCCGGGUGAGUUGCAUUCACCGGGGAAACUUCGUACCGGUACCACUGGAAAGACUGCAGAAAAAGGUACACCCGCCAAUGGUGACACCUCGCCAGAUGGCAGAAGGCGUGUUCACAGGUGUCAUUUUAACGGUUGCAGGAAAGUUUACACCAAAAGUUCACAUCUGAAAGCACAUCAGCGCACUCAUACAGGGGAAAAGCCUUACAGAUGUUCAUGGGAAGGGUGUGAGUGGCGUUUUGCAAGAAGCGAUGAAUUAACCAGACACUUCAGAAAGCACACUGGUGCCAAGCCUUUUAAAUGUAGUCACUGUGACAGGUGUUUUUCCAGGUCUGACCACCUGGCCCUUCACAUGAAGAGACACCUCUGAACGGGUCAAGAGGUGAAUCCUGCGGGCUAAGAGGCGUCAAGGUUGAAGAGCCUUGAGCGGAGGGAUGCGUGUUCCAGCCAAAGCAUGCCAUUUUGCACCCUACCCAGUUGCCUCCAGGACCUCACUUCCUUGAAGGUCUUUUGAGGGCUAAUAAGUCAUGUAAGAAACGGCAUAGCAACCGCGGUGCGUGAUGUUUGGGGUUUCCUGGACUCAUACACUGGUAUCUAACCUUCUGAGUGGCUCCUAAGCCUUUGCCGUGAGCAUGUGCACUGAGAAUGUUAAUGAUUGGGCGACUGUAUGCGAUGAGGAUCUCUUGAUGACUGUAUGCUGAGGCACAUUUUUUUUCUUGUGGUUGUUUUAUAACUGUAAGAGAAAAAAAAUAGUCUGAAUGUCUUGUAUGUGAGGAAUAUCUCGUGAGAUGGGACGACCACCAAUCAUUUCCAAGGGGUGGGGGGAG